AUGCUUGCGUCCUUCCAACCCCCGCUCGCGCGCGGAAGUCAAAAGGUUGGUGUUGUCGAAUGGACUUUCACUUGUGUGCAGAGUUGUUCACAACACCAACCUUGGAGAGCGGAAAGCUUUGCUAUAGUAUUGCCGUAAUCCACAGCUCGGGUGCGGAACCUGUAAUCAUCGACAGUCGUUCACGCCAAUUGUAACACAAUGCCGCACAAGGAGGAGUAUACCGAGUUCACUCCCAACCAGUACCCACCUUUCCCUGAAGGGGCCGACUUUCCGACGGUCGAAUUACAGACCAUUUCCCUCAGGACGCUAGAGGAAGGCGACGAGGCUGAAAUUGACCGGGCUUUUGAAGCCUUCAAGAGUCGCGGCUUUGUGUAUCUCGAACUAGCUGGCACCGAGAGAGGCGAUACCAUCCUCUAUGGUGCAGACGAUGUCGCGCGUGCUGCCGAGGAGACGUUUGCACUUCCGCUGGAAGAGAAACUGAAGUACAAGCAGGCCAACAAAGAGCUCUUCGGGUACAAGAAAGUGGGCGCAACGAAUGCCGACAAAUCCGGCACGCCGGACACAGCGGAGUUCUUCAAUGUUCGCAAGAAUGACAUGAUCGUUCCUGACAAUCAGAUGUCGCGCGAGUGGCCCUCGGUUAUCAUCGAGCACAAGCCUUUGUUUGCCAACUACUGCCGUGCUGCGCAUGCCACAGGUCUUAUGAUUAUGGACAUCCUCGCCGACAAGCUGGGUGUGCCGCGUGAGGAGAUUAGAAGCAGGCACGUGAUCGAGGAGCCUGCGGGUGACCACAUUCGGUUCACUCGUGGCCCGCCAAGGAAGACCGCCGAAAUGCCAGAGAUCCAAACGCCAUCACACACUGAUUUCGGAACCAUCACAAUCUUGAUGAAUUGGUUGGGAGGGUUGCAAGUCUGGUCAGAGUCUGCAAGGAAAGCCGGUCCGUUGGAACCUGAUGUGCCUGGCGAGUGGCUAUGGGUCAAGCCUAAGCGGGGAUGCGCGAUCGUCAACCUAGGUGACGCCGCCGUAAAGUUCACCAACGGUGUGCUCUGCUCCGGUCGGCACCGCGUUAUUCCGGCUCCGGGAGAGCAGGGCAAGUGGCCCCGCUACAGCAUCGUCUACUUCGUGCGGCCCACAGAUCACAGCAAGCUCAAGACAUUGCAGGGUAGCGGGAUCCCACCAGCAGAAGACCAAAACGAGGAGGGCGUGGAGGCCAAGGAGUGGAUCUACCUUCAAUCCAAAGGCCUGGGUUUGAGAGGCAAUGACUGAGCCGGCAAC